CAUUAAAAAUAGUUACAUUAAAAAAAUACUUUUUUAAUGUAACUAUUUUUAAUAUCCUCUUAUAGUUCAUUUUAUAGUGUUUAAUUAUCCAGCCUUGAGAUGGAGAGUAGUUUCUCUAAUGUAACAGGAGUUACAACCUGCACAUACAAUUUUAUCAUGAAAAAAUAAUGUUUUUAAUUAUAUAGCAUUUCUAAUAAAUUAGCAAGAUGAUGGGUACUAUCGGCGGGCAGUUGCUCUCAGUCGAAUGGGGAGGUAUACAGAGUCGCUAGCUUCUUAUGCAUCAGCACUGGCACAUGAUUGCAAAAGUAGUCAAUUACUUAAGGCUUUAAUAGAUGCUGCAUUAAGAUCUCCUUUGCAAGAGAUAUUAGAGCCUUUAUUUAAGCAAAUUGAAUCUAUUGAUAAAAAUGAAAAGGCAUUUGCUGUUGUUGCUCUAAUUGGCCAAGAGAUCAUUUCCAGUAUGGAUAUUCUGUCAGCUAUUGUAGUCCUUGAAAGUGCAUUACAUAUUGGAACAGAAGACUUGCAUUUAAAAGCAUCUGUAUACUCAGCGUUGAGUAGUUCGUAUUGGAAUAUUGACAACAUAAAAAAUGGACUGCAUUAUAUGCACCAAGAACUAUUGAUAUAUGAGACACUGAAUGAUCUAACUGGUAUGUGCAGGGUUAAUGGAAAUUUAGGUAGUGCUUAUUAUGCCCUAGAACAGUAUCAUGAGGCGAAACAACACUAUUACAUCCAGUUUGAGAUGUCUCAAACUUUACAAGACCAUCAUGUUUCAUGUGCAGCAUUAACUUCUCUUGGCCGUGUUUUGAUUGCUUUAAAAGAUUAUGCUGGGUCAAUUGACUGCCACAAAAAAUGUGCUUCACUUUUUAAAAAAAUGAACUUACACCUAGAAGAAAUUGGAGAGCUUAGUAAUGUUGCAAAUAUAUAUUCAUUUUUGGGCGAAUUUUUAACAGCAGAACAUUUUUUGUUAGAAUGUUUGAAAGUUUCUCAGGUACUUAAACAAAUAGAAGAAAAAUGUAAAGUUUUAAAUAGGCUUGGUACAUUAUAUCAGAACAUGCACAAUAUUGACGAAGCUGUAAAGGUAUUUCAAGAAAUGUUACAAAUUUCUCAAGAUGCUAAAAAUUAUGAUCUUGUAUGUCAAUCAUUGUCUUAUCUUGGUCAUACUUACAGAAUACAAAAGAACUUAAAACUGGCUGAAAGUAUUCACAAGCUUCAACUUCAAAAGGCAGAAGAGCUAGGAUCUUUUAUCUUAGAGAGUAGAGCUCUUACAGAUCUCGGGGUUACUUAUUUUCAUAUGAGUAAGUUUGAAUUGGCUUUAAAGUCUCAUAAAGCUCAUUUAAAGUUAUGUGAAAAGUUCAAUGACAAAGAAGGAAAAGUUAAAGCUUAUGGAAAUAUUGGUAAUGUUUAUCAAAUGAUUCAAGAGUAUGAAAAAGCAAUAAAAUACCAUAAGAUGGGCAUUACAUGUGCAUUAGAACUCAAUGAUAGAUAUUCUGAGGCAUCCUUACAUGGUAACCUUGGAGUGGCUUAUCAGUCUUUAAACAUGAUGAAUGAAGCAAAAGAACAUUAUGAAAUUCAUUUAACAAUUGCAAAAGAAAUGAAUUAUUUGAGAUCAGAAUGUGUUGCUGAAAGUAACUUGGGUAAUUUCUCAAGUGUUUUAGGAAGAUUGCACGAAGCUCUGCCUCAUUAUGAAAAUCAUCUUUUGCUUGCUAAAAAGUUAAAUGACAAACUUGAGGUUUGCAAAGCUAUGCAAAAUCUGGCUCAUAUUUAUUAUAGAUUAAAUAGAUAUAAUGAGUCUAUAAAGUGCUAUGAAGAAUCUUUAUCAUUAGCAAAUGAAUUGGAUGCAAACGAAUUGAUUGGAUUAGCAUAUUACAAUUUGGGAUUAGUUUACUUGGCUGAUAAUGACUUUGAAAAAGCAGUUCGUUGUCAGAAACUGCUUCUUGCAUCAGCUCAAGAGAAAAAAAAUGUUUUUAGUAUAUGUAAAGCUUAUGGAAAUUUAGGCCUAAUUUAUAUGAAAAUGGGAAAACACAGUGAUGCUAAAGAUUAUUUCAAAGAGCAAAUUUGUGCAGCAGAAAAGUCUUCAAUAGAGACAUUAAAAUGUGAUUGUUAUAGAGACUUUGCUGUUGCUCUGGCUUCUGAGAAGCUUUACAAAGAUGCCUGUGAGCAAUAUGAAAAAGAAAUAGCAUUGCGCCGAAAGUUAAAUAAUGAAAAACUGUUUGAAUCAAUACUUUCAUUUGCAUCAUUUUUAGAAACAAUAAAAGAUUUUGAUUAUGCUUACAAAUGUUAUAGUGAACUAUUCCAAGCAACAAAGCUCCAAAAAGAUUUAAAAAACUGUAAAAAGGUAUGCCAUUUAUUGGGGAACUUAAGCAUAAAAAUGAAAAAAUUUAAAAAAGCUAUAUCGUCUUUUAUAUUGGAAUUAAAAUGCACAGAAAUUUAUCGUGUGGAAAUAACUGACAUUAUUAAUAUUCAUAGGCUGUUGAGUGAAUGUUAUGACAAUUUAAAUGACUUUGAAAAUGCAGCAUAUUAUUUAUUAGAAUGUCAAGCGAUUGCUGUUUUCAUGAAAAACUAUUCAAUAGAAAAUGAGAUAAACAAAUGUCUUCGCCAACUUUGUGAGAAAUACAAUGACUAUAAAUCAGCAUUGAUGUACUCCGAAAAGAGAUUAAUAUCGUGUCAAGAGCUAACUGAUUUUGAUAAAUGUGAUGCUUAUAAAGAUAUUGCAGCAUCUCACUUAUUAUUAAAAAAUUAUGAUUCAUCUUUUUUUUACUAUAACCAAUUACUUUCACUUGCUAAAGAGUUUAACAUUUUACAGUUUGAAUAUGAUGCAUAUACAGGACUUGGAUUGGCUUAUGCUCAAGUAUUAAACUUUAUGGAAUCUUUAAAAUACUAUUUAUGUGCUGUAGAAUGCUCAGAAAAAUUAAGCAAACCUUUUAUAAAAGCAGAAUGUUUAGUUAACAUUGGAGAUUGCUACCAAUAUAGUAGUGAUAAUCAACAUGCUUUAGAAUAUUAUAAAAAGGCACUGGAGAUUUGUCAUAAAAAUGAUUUUAAAACCAUAAAAGUUACCAUUUUUGGCCGCAUUGGAAAAACAUUUCAUUUACUUGGUAAUUCAAAAAAAGCAAUCUCUUAUCUUUGCAUGGCAGUAUCUGUUUGUGAACAGCUACAAGACCCUGCUGAGUUCAUUAAAUGUUUUUACCGCCUUGGUCUAAAAUUUUUUUUUGAAAAUGAUAAUGAAUCAUCAAGUAAGUGUUUUCAAAAAGUGAUUGAUUUCAUUGAGGAAAAUGAACUAAAAACAGAUUUGCUAUUGAAAGAAAGAAAUUUUAUAAAAGCUUCUUAUGAAAUGCUUCAAAAGGUUUAUGUUACUAAAAAAGAAUACCUGCAAGCUAUGUUUGUUGCAGAAAAAGGAAAUAUUUUCAAUCGAAAGCUACUUAUAAGUAAGUCAGGUAUAAAAAUUUGCAUAAAUAUCCCAUUAUUCUCUAAGUUUGUUUAUUCUUUAAAAACUGUUACACAUACUACAUGUCUCUAUUCAAUUGUAAUUGGCAAGUUGUAUUGUUGGAUAAUAAAACCAAAUGAAGGGUUUGUGAAAUUCUGGGAAAAAAGUGUUGAUGAAACCAAUCUUGACUCAACUUUUUUUUUAUCAGAUUUGGAUAAUUUUGUUACAUGUAUUUCAGGAAAAACAUUAAAAACUCUUAAUGACCUUGUUUUUAGUGCACGUAGAAGCUUUAAUGUUGAGGGAGAUUUAUGCAUCCAUUCAAAAUUUGAUAAUAGUUUACCAAAUAAUGAACUGUUAGAUAAUAAAGAUAAUCAAAAUAAACCAAAUGAGUUUGCAAAAUCCAAACUUGAAGAUUUUGAUGUUGAUUGUCAACUUAAAACUGCUAAUUAUUGUUUAUAUUUGCUAUUUUUUUCUCAGGUUGUUUCAUUUUUAGAUGCUUUUGAAAAAACUUACACUGAAAAAUAUGAUAUGAUUUUGGUGUUGCCAUGCGAAAUUACACUUGUACCAUUCUAUGUUUUUGAAGAUGACUCAAAAAGGUCAUUUUUAUAUGAGCAUUUCAAUUUUUUUUUCAGCACAGACAUGUUUUCAUUAUUGGAAAAUUCCAACAACAAAGUUAUACCUUUAUCUCAAGAAGAAAAUUUUAUAAUAUUCGGAGAAAAAGUUUGUAAUAAUGAAACUAGAAACAUUAACAAAGUACUUAAACAUUCAACUUUAAUUACCAGUAACUCGUCCAAAGAAGAAAUACUUCAACAAAUAUCUUCUAGUACUAUAAGUCACAUUGCAUUAAAUGUGAUGUGGCAUACACCAGGGAUUUGUUUUCCUUACAUUGACAAUAUUGUUGAACAUAAUUGUAUCGACCUACAAAUAUUAGACCUUGAUGAUAAUCGCCCAGUCAGCACUCCUAACAUAAUUAUUUCUGUAAAAGAUAUCAUAUGCAAAACUAAGUUCCAUUCAAAGCUAAUAGUAUUUGGAGUAAAUAUUUUUAAUGAUUCGAUUUGUGUUGAUGGUAUGCAGUCUCUAGUUUCAUCAUUUCUAAUAAAUGGAUGUGAGACAAUUUUAACAUCUCAAUGGCCUAUAUCUAAAGGGGCAUGCUCCUAUUUUUUUAGUAAGUUUUAUGAACAAUUCAGUCAAAGGGUUCCAGUUUACAAUGCUUUUAACAAUGCUAUCAAAGAAAUGCAAGCCUCUAAUGAUUAUAACAGUCCUUCUAAUUGGGCUGGCCUUGUAAUAUAUGGAAAAAAUUGUCAGUUAACCAAAAAAGCAUGCAAUUUCACUAAGGCAUUUAACAAGUUUUUAGAAGUUCCAAAUCGUGAUUCGCUAAAGAUAAUUCUUCAUUUGGUUGAAACAGCCCAGAAGCGCCUUGCACAAGAUCUUCGAACAUCUUUAUACAUAACAGAAGAAAGUAUUCAAGCCAAACUUUUACCAACUAAUGUUAACUGGAAACCUAUUUUAGUAUCAUUAGGAUUUCGAUUUGAGAAAGCUCAUGAUAAUAUUCCAGAUGCUGUAUUCUUUCCAGAAUAUGAAUAUACAAAUCUACUUGCUAAAGCAUCCAAAGCUUUGUAUGGAUUUCUUGGUCUUAACAAAAAUGGCUUGUUAGCAAUAUCACGAUUGCGUUCUUCCCCUACUGCAGUUUUGCAUCUUCAAAAGAUUGUAAGUUUUCUUCAAGAUGUCAUACAUUAUUUCAACCAAGAAAUGUCUGAUGUCCAAGUCUCUUUCCCUUCACAUUUGUGGCGCUUACCUGGUUGUCAUGAAUUUUUAUCAUCCCUUGAUUUUGAUUUAGUUGGUGUUGAAAAGACAGAAGUUAAAUUGCAGUCUGGAAAAAAAGAAGGGAAAAAAACUUUGCAAUGUGCAGUGCAAUCUUUAAACAACCUUUUAGAUAAUAAUGAAGAUGAUACAUUAAUUAGUCAAACACAAAAUUUAAAUAAUUCUGUUAGAAAAUCAAGUUUAAGUAGUGAACUUGAUUGUUUCAAUGGUGUAAAUGGUGGCAACACAAAGCGCUUAAAAGUGAAGACGUCAAUUGAUGGUUUUGAAAAGCGAUUUUCACAAAUUGAUGUCAGUGACAUGACCUUGUGUGAACAAGAAGUCGAACACUGGCAAAAAACAUUUUAUUUUGACAAUGAAGAUAUAACUGAUAUUGAACCAGAUAUUAUUGAACAGGAGGACAUUGAUGCAUUUAUUGACAAUUUUAAAAAAAGUGAUUUAGUGAAUGAUGCCUUGUGUAAUAGUGACACUUGUGAAAAAAAAACAAAUUCAUUUCGAAAGAAAAGUUUUUUCUCUCGUAACUACCUUAUUUCAAGUAGCAAAACUAUGGAUAGAGUUAACAGCAUAAAAACUAUGGAUAGAGUUAACAGCAUAAAAACUAUGGAUAGAGUUAACAGCAUAAAAACUAUGGAUAGAAUUAAUAGCAUAAAAACUAUGGAUAGAAUAAACAGCAUAAAAACUAUAGAUAGGAUUGACAAUAUAAAAGAUGAACAAGAAAAGGCUGCACAAAAAAGUAAAGAGGAAUUUAUUAAAUGUACUAAACAAAAGAAACCUCCUGAUGAGUGGCGGAGAUUGAGGUUGGACAGUGAUUACUUUAACAAUAAUGCAAACAUUAAAACAAUUAAUGUACGAGAUUCUUUUUGCGUGCAUCGUGGUUUUUAUUGUCGCCGUAUUUCAGAUUUUUCAACAUCUUCAAGAAAUUCAUACGAUUCUUCUUUGUCAGCAAAAUCGCACAACGAGGAAGGUCUCAGAAAAAAGAAAAAUUUAUUCAAUUUGAUAAAAAAAGCUAAGUCAAUUGGAAAUAUAGCCGAUGAACCCGAUAAUUCUCAUCAUACUUACGAUUCCGAAGAAAAAGUAACAAAAAAAUUAAACAAAGUAAAAAAGAAAAAAACACUUUUCACUUUAAACAUUUUAAGUAACAACGAUCAGCUGAACAACAACAACAAGAGCAACACACUUCAUAAGUUUGAGGAGGAUAAUAGUCUUUAUACGAAUGAAAAGAAUAAAAAAAAGCAAUCUUGGUUUGAAAUAUCUAUGAAAUAAUAUUACUUUUUAACGUUUUUUAUUAUCUAAAGAACAAUGCUAGUAUAGUGAAAGGCCAAAAAUGUUUUUUACCACAUAUAAGUCAUUGCACGUAUCAAUUGACAAAAGAAAAAGAAUAUAUCAGUUUAUUGACUUUUUAUGGCUAAAAACACAUUCAAAAAAGAGUUGUCACAUAAUUAAUUUAAACAACGAUGUCAAUAAGGCA